AUGAGUCCUGGCAUCACCGAGCAAGGGUUUUCUUCUGCCGAGGAGGAAGCUGCGAUACCAUCAUCCAAGGCCUUGAGCCAGGGCUCGCUCUUCUCCGGCGGCGAGCCCGAGGGGCCGCCGGGCGAGUGCCCCUUCCAGGCGGUCUCCUACAUCAACGUGGGCGUCUUCCACGUCUUCGACGAGGCCGGCGUGGAGGUGCACUGCGGCGGGCACCCGUCCGUCGAGCUGCCCGGAUACUCGCCCAUGGACCCCGAGCUCAACGCCUCCUACCCCUACUGCUACCCGCUGCCCAGCGAGCAGCCGCCCGCCUACGAGGAGAUCUACCCGGCGGAGCCCUGCGCCCGCGCCACGUGAAGGGUUUAAUCCCAUUUUGUACAACUACAUGGUUUACCUUGUAAAGAAUUCCAUUUUACCUGUUACAAUCCAUCAAUCUGGUAAGCUUGAAUAUUAAAGUUUUAUUUCAAAUAUAUAUAUAUAUUGUAAAACAGCCUUAACUGAUGCAAUGGUCACAGUUUUAAAGGAAAAAAAAAAAAAAAGAGAGAUAAACCAUCUUGGAAGACAUCUUCCAAAUGUGUUUUCAAAACUGUAUUUAUAUUCCCAUUACAGUGCAAGAUAUUUACU